AGAAAGGUGGUCACGAGGGUUUAACAAAUCAAAACUCUCUGCCUCUGGUUUUCCGCCACUUUCCCUCGGAUUUUCUCGGAACGAUGCCAUCGGAGGACACAAAGCGUGUAAAGAAAGAGGAAAGCGAAGAGGACGAGAAAAUCGUGGGAAAGAAAAAACCCAUCAAUGCUGGUUCAGGGUCUCGCUCGAAAGAAGCCAAAGUGAAGAAAGAAGAGCCUGAGGAUGAUGAUUUUGAGAAACCCGUUCCUAAGAGGAAUCUGAACAAGACGGACAAGGAACAGAAAAAGAAGAAGAAAAAGAAGGACGAUGAGAAGAAGAAGGCAGCUGCAAAAGCUGAGCAAAACGGGAAGAAGAGGGAAAAGAAGGUGUAUGAUUUGCCUGGACAGAAGCGAGACACCCCUGAAGAAAGAGACCCAUUGAGGAUUUUUUACGAAACCCUGUUUGAGCAAGUGCCUGGUAGUGAAAUGGCAGCAUUCUGGAUGAUGGAAUCUGGUUUGCUCCCCAAAGACGUGGCGAAGAAAGUUUAUGAGAAGAAACUGAAGAAGAAUCAACAGCAAAAGGUCGCAUCACCAGUGAAAGCUGUUGCUGUGAAGAAAACCACCAAGUCUGUCACCGUUAAGAAGAAAACAUUGUCAUCCCCUGUCUCAUCAAAGCAGUCUACAAAGCGCAAGAUUGAGGAUGGCAGCUCGGAGGAGGAUUCAGAUGAUGACUUGGUUUUAUCUAAGAAAAUUACCAAGAGACAGAGAGUAGCUUAGUCAAACACCCCUCUUCGCCUUGCUAGCAGUACGAAAAGAGGAAACUUGUAAUGGGCCUUGGUUUACUAAUGUUUGUAACUUGCUAUAGAGCAUGCGAUUAUGAGUGAUGGCAUCCUCAUGGCCAUGACAUUGUCCAACCUAAACUAGAAUUGAAGGCAUUCCAUUGCCAUUUUCCAGAAUGCGAAGUUGUUCCCUGUUGAGAAUC